AUGCUGGAGGGCAAAGGUCACAAACGGAGCGCUGCGGAAGCUGGUUUGUCUACAGCAAACAUCCGACAACAACGUGAAGGGCAAGCCAUUCACAUCGACCAAGGUCACCAUCUACCGGUUCCAGACUGUGCCAGCGGACAGCAACCCGUCAGAAACAUGAAUCCAGAUAUCUCUGAGCGAGGAGGUCAACAUCGCAAGGGAGAUGAUACUGAACAAGGCGAGUGGUCCAUUGCAGAGUCCAAAUCCUCCCGGAAGAAAAAGCGACGGAAGAUCGCAAGCGAUUUUGAUGCACCUCCGUCCAUUUCAUUUCUAUCGACCAAACCUGCUCAAAUUCAGCUCAAAGCCCUCCAAGAACUUGUACUCUACAUACUCGCUGAUGGCGUUGCGCCAACCUGGCUCGCAAUUAAUAAUGCCCGACAGAUCCAGAAGGUGGUGGUUCUCAUGAUUCCAGGGCUUGAUCGCAACUCCGUGGAAAAGUCGGAUAUUUUCAAGCCGUCUACGGCAGCGACAGGGGAAAUAAUGCUCGAUGGGUCAACGCCCACUGGUUCUGAACCGCCAUCUCUGCCUCAAGGUGAAACGACUCCUGCUGACCUCCCUCUGCAACAGCGCAAUGAGGUUGCUUCGGGGGUGAGCACACCUGCCGCGCAAAACCCUGUCCAUAAAUUUCUCGAUCACUUAAUCCCGGUGAAAGCACCAGGAGACUCCGGAAGAAAUCAGAUACACUCUCCUUUGCAAACAAUACUCAUUGCACCAUACGACCAACCGAAAGACAAGCGUGGAAAGGAUGAGAAGUCUCACCCGGUACGAACUGCCAUUGCCGACUUCAUCCACACUGCCGAUGAGUUGCGAGACGCAGAAUAUCCCAUCCAUCCAGCAUCAUUUGAUAACGACCGAGACGCACAGCUGGAGCAUGAGAGGCGAGAAAAGACCUUGCAAUCCACCUCUGCAGGCUGGGUCGACACGAAAGUCCAGCGUUCCGAAAUCCCAAUCCCAGCCUCCCCUCUUAAAUCCCCCAAACCUCUCCGAGCCCAAGACUCGCUCACACGAGGCUACAAAGUCUACGCAGUCGACUGCGAAAUGGUGCUGACCGACAACGAGAAAUUCUCACUGGCGCGGAUCUCAAUUCUCGACUGGGCGGGCAAGACUGUGCUUGAUAAGUACGUUAAACCGUCCCUCCCGAUCAAAAAUUACUUCACGCAGUUUUCCGGGAUCACUCCGCAGAUCCUCGAGGGUGUCACCACCACGCUACAAGACAUCCAACAGGAACUCCUCUCCCUACUCAGCCCAGAUUCAAUCCUGCUAGGUCAUUCGCUGGAAUCAGACCUGAACGCUCUUCAACUCACCCAUCCACAUAUCAUUGAUACCUCAAUCAUCUACCCUCACCCGCGGGGCCUGCCUCUCCGAUCUUCCCUGAAGUACCUAGCAAACAAAUACUUGAAGCGCGAGAUCCAAAAGGGCGGCGCGGACGGCCAUGACUCGGUCGAAGACGCGCUUGCCGUGCUUGACCUAGUGCGCAUGAAAUGCGAGAAGGGUCCUCGAUGGGGUACACUGGACGCAAACGGUGAGAGUAUCUUCCGCCGUAUUUCUCGGGCGCUGAAACCGGAUGAUGCAACGCCGACCUUGCCGGGUAAAAUGAGACAGACGGCCAUAGUCGAGUACGGCACACCCGAGCGCGGAUUCGGCAAGGACGCGACAUACAAGAUCGCCUGUGAGGACGAUGACGAGAUCGUCGCUGGCGUAUUGCGCGCUGCGCACGGAGACGAUUUAAACCACAACAUCGAGGAUGAAAACGGUUGUUCCGGUAGCACACUCAUAGCCCCCGCUAAUGACGAGACUACGAAGAGAGCUGCGCGCCCAUCAACCACCAGCACGCACCAACACGAAAUCCCCAUCCCCACCGGCGGCGCUGACUUCAUCUGGGGUCGACUGCGCGACCUCGAAGCCAUCCGCGGCUGGAAUACAGCACCCGCACCUCUGCCCGAGAACCCACCCCCCUCCGACCUCACUUAUACUGCACCCGCAUCCACGACCGAAAAUCCGCAACUCGAAAAAGCCAUCACGCAAACACUGACGCGCCUCGCACAGCUGUACACCGCCUUGCCGCCUCAGACGCUGCUCAUCGUGUACAACGGCACAGGCGACAUGCGGCCGGUGCUGAAGCUGCAGCAGCUGCACGCGCAGUACCGGCGCGAGUUCAAGGUCAAGAAGUGGGACGAGCUGAGCGUGAAGUGGACAGAUGUCGAGGAGCAGGCGCUGAGGCGCGCGGUGGACGACGCGAGGAGGGGCUGGGGCGUAAUUGCCGUGAGAUGA